AUGACGGGCGACAAGAGCUUUCGGACGAAAAAGACGACGCCAAAGACUCACGUCAAGGAGUGGCCGGCUACGAAUCCGUCGUCGUGCUCGCGCUCAGUGCCAGCCAAGACCAAUGAGUUGCUACAGAAGCUCGUGGCGCCGCACUUGGAGUCGUUCAACUUUUUUCUAUCGGAAGGUCUGGACUUGGCUGUUGCUGAUAUGUGCAAAGUACCUAUUGAGCUGCCAAACCAACACCGCAUGGACCUCUGGAUCGAGAAUGCUCAGGUUGGAUACCCGACCACAGAGAACCAGAUCACGGGAGAGCAGAAGCUCUUGCCCAGUGAGUGCCGUCAGCGUGGGGUGUCGUACACGGCCCCGCUGGUUGUGACACUUGCACGCUCUUUUGGUGGCUCGCAGAACGUGGAGCGCAUUCAGCGCGUAGUGGGUGAGAUCCCUAUAAUGGUGCGCUCCAAACGCUGCCAUUUGAACGGCAUGACGCCGUCGGGCCUUGUCAAGGCUCAGGAAGAGGCUAAUGAAAUGGGUGGCUACUUUAUCUGUAAUGGUAACGAGCGCUGUGUGCGUCUAUUGCAGAUGCCGCGGCGUCACCAUAUCAUGGCUGUACGUCGUGGUGCUUUUGCUAAUCGUGGUGACCUCUACACGGAGCUUGCUGUGUUUAUGAAGUGCGUGAAGCGCGACCAGACUGCUGUAACAGUUACUGUCCAUUACUUGGAAGAUGGUAAUGCUACCGUGCGUUUUGGAGUGAGGAAGCAGGAGUUUAUGAUCCCAGUGGGCUUGGUGCUGAAAGCACUGUAUCCGCUGACGGACCGUGAAAUUUACGAACGUGUGCUGCGAGGAGACCACGAGAACACUUAUCUAUCUGCUCGUGUGGAACUGAUUUUACGCGAAGCGAAGAAGUUUUCACUGUACUCGCGUGAUGAAGCACUGGCGUACUUGGGCAAGCACUUUCGUUUUGCUAUGCCGUACGUAUGCGACAACAUGAGCAAUAUGGAAGUUGGCAGCAAGCUCCUUGAUGAAUUCUUGUUCGUACACAUCCCGAAGGGCGAGAAAGGACGCACGCAGAAAGUGGAGCUGCUGUGUCUUAUGCUGCGCAAGCUGUAUGCAUUUGCAAAGGGUGAUAUUCCUGAGGACAAUUCCGAUUCUGUCAUGAACCACGAACUGUUGCUUCCUGGGCAUCUCUAUCUGAUGAUCAUGAAGGAGAAACUGCAAGAGUCGCUCGCAGCAAUACGUGCUAACAUUUUAAAAGAGACGCAGAACAAGAAAAAAAGCAUCGUAAUGGAUCAGGUUUUCUUGCGCAAAAUGUGGGAUCGUUGCCCCAACAUAGGUAACGCAAUGACCUAUUUUCUCAACACUGGCAACCUCCGAUCGACAAGCGGUCUUGAUUUGCUACAAAUCGCGGGGUACACGAUCGUCGCGGAGAAGCUAAACUACUACCGUUACUUUUCCCACUUCCGGUCCGUCCACCGCGGGCAGUUCUUUACAGAAAUGAAGACAACAGCCGUGCGUAAGUUGUUGCCCGACUCCUGGGGUUUUCUGUGCCCUGUACAUACUCCCGAUGGAUCUCCUUGUGGUUUGUUGAACCAUUUAGCUGUCGAGUGUCAACUCGUUUGUCAUCCAGCGUUUCAGGCCGAUAAUUUUCUGCAGCAAGAAGUUAAACUUUGUCGACUUUUGGCAAGUCUCGGUAUGAUUCCCACAUCGGGUUACGCUGACGGCGCCCUGAUUGUUCCGUACUCGUACCUGCCUGUGAUGAUGAAUGGCAAGGUACUUGGUGGUGCGCCCGCAGACGUCUGCAAGCGCAUUGCAGGCGUUUUGCGCAAGAUCAAGUCAGCUGAGAGCUCGGACGAGCGGGAUGCUAACGGUAUUGUACCAAACUUGGAAGUGUGUCUUAUCUCCCCUACCCGUGGUGGACCCUUUCCAGGGUUGUAUCUGUCGGCCGAUGCUGCACGCAUGUCGCGUCCAGUCGUGCAGAUGGACACCAAUCGUAUCGAGUACAUCGGGCCAAUGGAACAAGUGUUUAUGGACAUUGCGUGUACGAAUGAUGACGUUCGGCCGGCUACGACGCAUAAGGAGAUCAAGCCCACCAAUAUGCUUUCCCUCGUGGCCUCUUUGACACCAUUCUCCGACUAUAACCAGUCUCCUCGUAACAUGUAUCAAUGUCAAAUGGCGAAGCAGACCAUGGGUACGCCUGCCCACUCGAUUGUGCACCGCUCGGACAAUAAAAUGUACCGUAUCCAGUCUCCGCAGAUUCCUAUUGUGCAAAAUGAGCGUCUGCGCGAAUACCAGCUGGACGAGUACCCGUUGGGCACCAAUGCUGUUGUAGCCGUGAUUUCAUACACUGGUUUUGAUAUGGAAGAUGCUAUGAUUUUGAACAAAUCCUCGUACGAGCGUGGUUUUGGUCAUGCGUCUGUGUACAAGCAGCUGGUUGUGGACAUUAGCUCCAGUGGCAAACAGGGCAGUACGACGUCGAAGAAAUACUUCUCCAACAUCAAGACUGAUGGCAGUGGUGAAUUCUGCUCCACGAAGCUGGAUCGCGAUGGGUUCCCGCACGUCGGUCAAGUUGUAAAUAACGGUGACCCUAUCGCGAGCUGGAUCGAUGAGACCACGGGGUUACCUUCUUUCCAGAAGCACAAAGAGACCGAACCUGCCAUUAUCGAUCAGAUAAAUAUGAUCGGCAGUUCAUCCCAGACGUCUGAGUUCACUAAAGCUAGCAUCAAACUGCGUUUCUGCCGUAACCCGACGAUCGGUGAUAAGUUUUCAUCACGCCACGGACAGAAAGGUGUCAUGAGUAUCUUGUGGCCACAGGCCGACAUGCCAUUUUCAGAGUCUGGUCUUUCCCCCGAUAUCAUCAUCAACCCGCAUGCUUUUCCGUCGCGUAUGACCAUUGGUAUGCUCAUCGAGUCAAUGGCCGCCAAGACGGGUGCUUUGAAGGGCAAGUACAUGGAUGCCACGCCAUUCCAGUUUAGCGAGAAGGACCGUGUAAUUGACUACUUUGGCUCGCAGUUGAAGGAGCACGGCUACAACUACAUGGGCAGCGAGCCACUGUACUCUGGCAUUUCGGGCACAAUCAUGCAGGCAGACAUUUACAUCGGCGUGGUGUACUAUCAGCGUUUGCGUCAUAUGGUCAGCGACAAGAGCCAGGUGCGCGCUACGGGUCCGAUGAACUCGCUCACUCGUCAGCCGGUAAAGGGUCGAAAGAAGGGUGGAGGUAUUCGUUUUGGCGAGAUGGAGCGCGACUCCAUGCUUGCUCACGGUUGUGCGUUCCUCCUUCAAGACCGUCUGAUGAACUGUUCCGAUAAGCACAUUGCUACUGUCUGCACGAAUUGUGGCAGUCUACUGUCGAAUGCAACGCAACGGGCGACAGUCGAGACUGCUGGUCAGGGAGAGAUUGCUAUCGCGAUGAAGUCCAAGACUCAGUGGUACUGUAUAGUUUGCCAAACAGGUGAGAGCUGCCAGCCCGUCGCCAUGCCUUACGUGUUCCGGUACUUGGCCAACGAGUUGGCCGCCAUGAACAUCAAGAUGAAUCUCACCUUGAGGAGCUGCUGA